AUGAAUCCAGCGACGCCUUUGGAGCUUGUAGAAGCUGAUACAGCUGUAGCAGCAUCAGCCGCUGCUAAACCAGUGGUUCCUGACAAGGCAGUUCCUGUUGCAGUCGUUACGGUAGAGGUUGGUGGAAGUGGCAGCAAGGAGGUGGCAGCAGCUGAGGAGGGAGAAACCAUUGGGGCAGCAGCAUCAGUCGUUGGCGAACCAAAGCAUACUGACCUGGCGGGCGUAAGUGCUGCGGAAAAGGCAGUGCCAGUGGAGGUCGCUCCAGCGGAGGUUAGUGGAAGCGGAAGCAAGGAGGUGGCAACAGCCGAGCAGGGAGCAACCAUUGCAGCAGCAGCAACAGCCGCCGGCGAACCAGCGGUUACUGGCAUGGCUGCUGAAACCUCUGCAGAUAAGGCAGUUCCAGUGGAGGUUGCUCCGGCGGAGGCUGAUGGAGGCAAGCAGGUGGCAGCGGCUGAGGAGGGAGCGCCCAUUACGGCAACACCAUCAGCACCAAGACAUGACUUUUUCCUGCCCGCGCUGGAAAGGAGAAAGCGCAAACAAGCAGAGAAGAAACAGCAGCAGCAGCAGCAGCAAGAAGAGCAGAUGCAGCAGCAGCAGCGGGUGGGUGAGGUGAAACGUAAGCGGGGUCGACCCAAGAAAGGAGGGAAACAGAUGGAGGCGGUCGAGGGUACCACGGUAGCAGAGGCGUAUCCUGCAGUGGCUGGUGACGUGUCAGCCGCUGACAUGUCAGCCACCCCUGUAGCUGACGUGUCACCCGCUCUUGCAGCUGAUAUGUCAGUCGCCCCUCCAGCUGACGUGUCACCCGCCCCUGCAGCUGACGUGUCACCCGCCCCUGCAGCUGACGUGUCACCCGCUCAUUCGACACCCGUCGUCGCGUCCAUGUCCUCUGUGGGCUCGCCCGUAGGCGUUGGUGUUGGGAGGAAGCGUGUGAGCGUUAUGGAGGAGUUGAGUGCGAUGGAGGAGGAUGGGGAAGACACUCGGCAACAGGUGCAACAAAAGGAGCGCGAAGAGGUGAAAGGGAAUGAGCAAAAGGGGACGGUGAAGGAGAAGGAGGAGCGAGUGGCUGAUUUCAGCAGGGAAGGGACAGUCGACGUGCUCGCUUCACCAGUGGAAACUCAACCGACUGCUGCAACAGAGACGCUUGGCAAAGCAGCUGCGGUUUCUGGUGGGUGUGGGCCGGUUCAGGCUGCUCCAGUGGAGGAAGCAGCAGCACAGCCACCCUCAGUAGACCAGGCACAGCUCGCUUCACCAGGCCCAGUGGAACCUCAACCGCCUGCUGCAGCAGAGGCGCUUCGCGAAGCGGCAGCAGUUUCUGGUGGGCCAGUUCAGGCUGCUCCGGUUGAAGCAGCUCAACCAGCCCUGGUUCACCCGGCACAGCUCGCUCCGCUGGUGGAAUCUCAGCAUCCUGCUGUAGCAGAGGCGCUUGGCGGGGUGGGGACGUCCCGUUAUGGUCGGAGGCUGAAGCAGAGGAGUCUUUUCCAGCCAAAUGCCUUGCAGGAACGGCCAAGGACACGCGGAAAGCCUGCUGCUGAAGGGCACCCCACUGCUGCAACGACUCAGAAGGCUACAGCGACUCAAAAGGCCACACGCGAAAGUUUGAAAGGAAUGCGUCACAGUGAGAACAGAGGGCCUGUUUCCAGAGGAGGGAAGCGGCUGCAGCAGAUGAUGCUAGGGAUCCGGUUUGUGCCCAUGGGUGGUGAGUUUGAUAGGGGGGGAGCGGUGGUGCUACCUGUGUACUUGUGUGAUACAAAUGAAGCUGGUUAUGCUGGUGAGGGGUUGGCGGAGCAUGAUAAUAACGAAGGUGAUAAAACUUGUGCGGAGGUGGUAAAGGGUGAUACAAAAGAGGGUGGUAAAGCUUGUGAGGAUGUGGAUUUGACGGUGUCAGGGGAUGAAGGGUGUGUAAGAAGGGUGAAACGAGAGGUUGAUAUUCAGGAGGUUGAGGAAGAUUCAAGGAAAGAGGCAUUGCAGGGAGAGGGGGCUAAGGAUGAAGCAGAGGGGAAGGAUGGGGAGGUGGGAAAGGAGGACGAGGUGGGGAAGGAAGAAGAGGUGGGAAAGGAAGGGGAGGACUCGGAUGAUGAUGUGCAAGUAAUGGAAGAGGAAGCAGAAGAGGAAGAGGAGGCAGAGGAGGAGGAAGAAGAAGAGGACGAGGAAGAAGAGGAAGAGGAGAGCAUGGAGGCUAAGGUGGAGAGGGAGAAGGCACGGAUGCGAGAAGAGGCGCACAAGACAGCUCAGGUGGGUGGAAGAUUGUGUGAGCGUUGGCUCAGCUCUGCUCGUGUGGAUGGGUCUGGUCAUGUUGACGGGCCAGGGGGGGUUGGCACUCCAGGGGGAUUAACCAGUGGUAGGGAUGGGGUUCUUGGUGGCUUCGGGGGAGGUGUUACUGGGAGAGGGGCAGCAGUUGGGGCAGGUGGGAAGGCUGCUGGUAAUGGGGGGUUCUUUGGCAGAGGGGACGAAGGAGGGACAGGACCAGCAGCAGCAGCAGCAGCAGCAGCAGCAGCAGCAGCAGCAGCAGCAGCAGCAGCAGCAGCAGCAGCAGCAGCAGCAGCAGCAGCAGCAGCAGCAGCAGCAGCAGCAGCAGCAGCAGCAGCAGCAGCAGCAGCAGCAGCAGCAGCAGCAGCAGCAGCAGCAGCAGCAGCAGCAGCAGCAGCAGCAGCAGCAGCAGCAGCAGCAGCAGCAGCAGCAGCAGCAGCAGCAGCAGCAGCAGCAGCAGCAGCAGCAGCAGCAGCAGCAGCAGCAGCAGCAGCAGCAGCAGCAGCAGCAGCAGCAGCAGCAGCAGCAGCAGCAGCAGCAGCAGCAGCAGCAGCAGCAGCAGCAGCAGCAGCAGCAGCAGCAGCAGCAGCAGCAGCAGCAGCAGCAGCAGCAGCAGCAGCAGCAGCAGCAGCAGCAGCAGCAGCAGCAGCAGCAGCAGCAGCAGCAGCAGCAGCAGCAGCAGCAGCAGCAGCAGCAGCAGCAGCAGCAGCAGCAGCAGCAGCAGCAGCAGCAGCAGCAGCAGCAGCAGCAGCAGCAGCAGCAGUAUUGUAUGAAGUCGUUAGUUGUGACGUUUCAAAAGGAAGAGCAGCGGCAGCAGCAUCAAUGUUCCAAGAGGGAAAGGGAGAGGUAAAAGGGGAGGAGACAAGGCGGGGGCGGGAGGGGACGGAGGGAGGAUUUGGGGAGAAGAUAGAGCAACAGCAGGGAGCAGCUUCUAUUGCUGGAUGCUCAGCAGCAGCACAGGGUGCAGCAGGGCAUGCAGCAGUUGAUACAGCAGUUAAUGCUGCAGUUGAUACGGACGCUGAUACGGCAGUUGAUAUAGCAGUUGAUACUCCAGUUGACACAGCAAAGGGUACAGAAGGGAAGGCAGGUGCAGCAGUAGGUGCUGCCACAGGUGCUGCCACAGGUGCUGCCACAGGUGCUGCCACAGGUGCUGCCACAGGUUCUGCCACAGAAGCAGCAGCUGUGGUGGCUGUGGUGGGGGGAUCCAAAUUAGAAGUAACAGAAGGAGCAGGAGGAGCAACAGAAGCAGUAGGAGCAGCGAGUGACCUGUGGUCGCGCCAUUACCAGCCCAAGAGCCCUGCAGAGAUAUGUGGCAACGAGGCUGCUGUUAACGAGUUGCUGCAGUGGCUGCAGUUGUGGCAGAAUCGCCUUGGAAUAGUGAGUGGUGACCAGCAGAGCAGGCGAGCAAGGGCAGUGAAGCAAAGGAGAGUGGGGAGGGGCUCUGAUGAAGAGGACAGGGAGAGAUCUGGAAUUGGAGCUCGGACAGAGAGUGGCGACAGGAAGGAAUGGAGCGAUAGUGACAGUGGUGGUGGUGACAUGGAGCGUGACUGUAGUGGGAGUGAUUACAGUGCAGAGGGUGAUUAUAACGAGGGGAGUGACUCGGAUGGUUGGAUGGAGGAGGAAGGGGAGCAGCUGCCAUGUGCUGUGCUGCUAACAGGACCUGUGGGGAGCGGCAAGACAGCAGCUGCAUACGCCUGUGCAUCAGCUCUCGGCUUCCAAGUCAUGGAGGUCAACGCAUCUGACGCUCUUGACGGAGCGCUGCUUCAUGCCAAACAGCCUCCCUCUCUUCCCUCUUUCCUUUCCUUUCCUUCCGUUUCAGAGCGGCAAGACAGCAGCGGCAUACGCCUGUGCAUCAUCCCUGGGUUUCCAAGUCGUGGAGGUCAAUGCCUCUGUUUCCAGGCCCUCAAGCCGCGCAUGGGAGCGUCGGUGCUUCUAUUUGAGGACGUGGAUGUGCUUAUAGAGGAGGAUAGGGGCUUCGUUACUCUGCUGGUGCAGCUGCUGAGUCCCUCCCGCCAGCGCAACAAACGCCCCAUCAUCCUAACUGCCAACUUCGUGUGGUGCUGUGACUGGGUUGGCUUCAUCAUCCCCUUCACCACGCCCUCCGCCCGCCAAGCGCUGCCUUUGCUGCACAAGUUAAGAGCAGUCAUACUCGUGUGUGCAAAGCUUGCGAGUGCUGUUCCUCGGUCGUGUCGUCUGCACGGAGCAAGCACCCCUCUCUGUCCCCCCAUCUCCCUCCCUCCUCUCUCUCCUACUCUCCUCUCUCCCCACCGACCUGCGCUCCCUCCUUCUCUUCCUCCAAUUCUGGUUCAAGACAGGGCCUUUGCCCAGGUUACAAAGUUUUUGGCUGCCCUGUUGACUGCAGAAGUUGCAAAAGCAGCAGAGGGGGAGAGGGAAGCAGUUGCAGGGGUGCUUGGGAGGAGAUGGGAGGGGAGGAGGAGGAGGGAGGAGAGGGAGAGGGAGAGAGAGGCGAGGGAGAGGGCUGAGAGGAGGAGGUUGGAACGGGCAGAACGGGCAGCGGAAAAAGAGAGGGAGAGGGUGGAGAGAGCGAGAAAGCGGGCAGCGAGAUUAGCUGCAAUGGAAGAAGAGGGAGAGGAGGUGGUGGUGGUGGGGGGUGGUGACAAAACAGAAGGGUAUGGUAUCCAACGAGUGGGUGAUUUGGAAAAGGGGAAUGAUAAUGAUUCAGGAAAAAGGGAUCAUAUGGUUGUGGAGGGGAGACGGAGAAAGCUUAGAAGACGGGCAGUGAAAGGGAGGGUGGCAGCAGAAUCGGAUGCAGAAGGAACAGCAGAUGUGGGAGCAGACAGUAGGGAAGGUGGAGGAGGGGAGUGUUGGGAAAAGACUAGAGGAGAAGAAAGCAGGAAGAGCUUAGAGGGCAGGAAAAGAAAGCAGAGGGCGGUUGUGAGAUCAGAUGACGAGGAGGAGGGGGAGGAGGAGGGGGGGGAGGAGAGGCACAGAGGGGGAAAGGUACCUGUUCGAAAGCAGAGGGCGGUUGUGAGAUCAGAUGACGAGGAGGAGGGGGAGGAGGAGGAGGGGGGGGGAGGAGGAGAUAACGAGGAGGAAGUGGGGGAGGUGGAGGAGGAGGGGGAGGAGGGGGAGGAGGGGGAGGAGGGUGGGGAGGGGGAGGAGGGGGAGGAGGGGGAGGAGGGUGGGGAGGGGGAGGAGGGGGAGAGGCACAAAGAUCAAGGGAACAGUCAAGAAAGACAUGGGGAAGGUGGAGUGGGGGUGCAUGGAUUACCCGAUUCUGAAGCGCCUCACAAGCAGAGGACGGUUGUGAGGUCAGAUGAUGAGGAGGAGGGGGAGGAGAUUCGCAGAGGACAAGGUGGAGUGAGCGGGCCUAGUUCUGGGCCGACUGAAAGGCACAAGGUUCCUGAAAGGCACAAGGUUCCUGAAGCGCCUCACAAGCAGAGGACGGUUGUGAGGUCCGAUGAUGAGGAGGAGAACGAGGAGGCGUCAGAGACGCACAGAGUGAGAGGUGUGGGAGAUAAGGAGGCUUGUAGUGAGGCAGUGGAAAGCAGUGGGGCGGCAGCAGGUGUGGCUGUAGCAGAUGCAGCAGACUUGGCUGUAGCAGAGGAGGCUGUAGCAGAGGAGGCUGUAGCAGAGGAAGCUGUAGCAGCGGAGCCUGUAGCAAAUUCGGCUGUAGCAGAGGAGGCUGUAGCGAAGUCUGUAACUGCAGUUUUGGUUGCAACAGCGGAGCCUGUAGCAGAGGAGGCUGUAGCUGAGGAGGCUGUAGCAGAGGAGGCUGUAGCUGAGGAGGCUGUAGCAGAGGAGGCUGUAGCUGAGGAGGCUGUAGCUGAGGAGGCUGUAGCAGUGGAGGACAGAGUGAGAGGAGGGUUAGGUAAGGAGGCUUGUAGUGAGGCAGUGGAAGGCAGUGGGGUGGCAGCAGGUGUGGCUGUAGCAGCUGUAGCAGACGAGGCUGUAGCAGGGGAGGCUGCAGCAGGGGAGGCUGUAGCAGAGCAGGCCAUAGCAGAGACGGCAGCGGCAGAGGGAGCUGUAGCAGAGGGGGCUGUAGCAGAGGGGGCUGUAGCAGAGGGGGCUGUAGCAAAGGGGGCUGUAGCAAAGGGGGCUGUAGCAAAGGAGUGUGUAGGAGAGGAGGCUGUAGCGAUGGGGGCUGUAGCAGACGAGGCUGUAGCAGACGAGGCUGUAGCAGAUGACAGGGUUAGAAGAGGGUUACGUGAGGAGGCUUCUAGUGAGGCAGUGAAAGGCAGUGGGGCGGCAGCAGGUGUGGCUGUAGCAGAGACGGUUGUAGCAGACGUGGGGAGGGAAGGACAAGGGGAAGCACAGGGUGGUUGUGAGAGGGGGCGAGAGGAGGGUGAGAAGGUGAGGGAGGAGGGUGAUGAGGGCAGAGAGGAGGUUGAGAAGGGGAGGGAGGAGGAAUUGGAAAAGGAGAAACAGGAAUGCGAUGAGAGGAGGGGGGGAGCCGAGAAUGGGCUGGAGGAAUGUGGUGAGGUGGAAGGGCAGGUGGAUGACGUGGCAGUUGGGAUGCAUGAGGUGGCAGUGGAAGCGGAUGAGGUGGCAGUGGAAGCGGAUGAGGUGGCAGUGGAAGCGGAUGAGGUGGCAGUGGAAGCAAAUGAGGUGGAAUUACUAACUGAUGACGUGGAGGAUGAUGAAGAUCCGUUGCUGGAGGAGCUGCUGCCACAUGGCAACACGCGAUUUGAAGAGGUGUGCUCUGCCAGCGCAGCAGACACCUGGAAGGAGCUCAAGCGCCAGGUGCCGCCUUCUGAUUGGCUAGCAGCACACAGGCCAAAUCCCGAGGCUACGACCGAGGCUCGGCAGGAGCUGGCUCUGUUGACUCGGUUGACCGAGCUGACUGCCAGGCUGGCAGAUGCUGACGUCAUCGAUGGGGUUUUGACUUGCCGGAGAGUUCCCUUAGGGCUGGAGACUGAGGUUGACUUUGACCGGGGCAAGGAGAAGACUGGUGUUGACUUUCUUGACUGGCGGGAUCCAGUCCCCUACCAUGCGAUCCUAUCCCCAUCAGCGGCAGUACAAUCCUCUCAAGUACCUUCUACUCGAGUCUGCCACUACCCUCAAGCCGUGGUGCCAAAUGCUGCUGAUGCUGCCACCACUGCCACCACUAGCAACACUGCCAAUGGUGCCGAUGCAUUGGGAGGGCAUUGGCGAUGGAACCAGGAUUAUUGUGGCAUGGAGGGGCAUUCACACGAGGACGACUGGUGCCACUUGCCUGCUUCUAUCGAAGCUGCUCUUAAAGGGGACAGCACUCCUACAGAAAGCAGUCCAGAGUGUUGCAUGAGUCAGCAGCAUACAAGAAUGAGAGCUCCCUCUACAAGGGAUUCGCGGGCGCAGUUUCUUGUGCUGCACUAUACGGCGCAAUCUCUGGCGGACUCGCUGAAAACACUGACCGACCCCAAGAAGGAGGUCAGCGCCCACUAUUUGAUUCCUGACGCGCCGGAGCGGCAGCGCAACUUCCACGUGUACAGGCUUGUGAAUGAGGAUCGGCGCGCCUGGCAUGCGGGCGUAAGUUUUUGGCGCGGGAGCCGCUUGCUCAAUCCGGGAUCGAUUGGUAUUGAAACGGUCAACCUGGGGUUUCCGGAAGCCGAUGAGUCGCUGCCCCUUAUGCAGCGUCGCUGGUACCCUUACCCUCCGGACCAGAUCGAAGUGGUCGGACGGCUGGUUCAAGAUAUUAUCGGACGCCACGAAAUCCGUCCUAUCAAUGUAGUCGGGCAUGCCGACGUGGCGCCGGGCCGCAAGUCGGAUCCCGGUCCCUUGUUUCCCUGGCGGGACCUCUUCCUGCGCUAUCAAAUCGGCGCCUGGCCGGAUGACGACCGCGUUCAGUUCUAUCAGCGCAAUUUCCCCUUCAUACUUCCGGUUGACGACCCCACCGGGCAGAGACAGGCGAUCGCCACGCUGCAAGAAAAGUUGCUGAACUUCGGUUAUGACACUCCCCAAACUGGCGAGCUGGAUGAGAAAACGUCGGCCGUGAUUGCGGCGUUUCAGAUGCAUUUCCGCCCCAGGAUUUAUGAUGGCGUGCCGGAUAAUGAAACAGUAGCUAUUCUGGAUGCGUUGCUGGACAAGUACCAGUAG